AUGCUAUGUCGAUUUCAUAUUAACAAGAAUGUUGGUGCAAAACGAAAACAAUAUGUGGCUAGUGACACGCAAAAGAAAAUUGACGGACUAUGGACGAAUGUUGUAUGGGCUAGUGAUGAGGUUGAGUAUGAUCAAAGGUUGAACCAACUUGAGCAGGUGUGUGUUGAUUGUAAUGAAUAUAUUGAUUAUGUGAAGGACACAUGGUUGACACCACAUAGACAAAGAUUUGUUGGAGCAUGGAUUAAUCGAGUGCUACAUUUGGGUAACACUACGACUAAUCGGGUUGAGUCUGCUCAUUGGAAGUUAAAGCAAAUGUUGGGGAACAGUAUUGGUGACAUGGUCAAAUGUUGGGAGGCUAUGAACGACAACUUUAAGUUACAAUUGAGUAAUAUUAGAGCUUCUUUUCAAAAGAGUUUUUAUGAAGUUGAGCACGCCCACGUAAGUCCAUUUUACAAUAAUUUACGUGGUUCAGUGUCUCGAGAUGCAUUGAGACGCAUUGCUGAAGAGUUAAAAUGA